AUGCCUGGAACACUAUAUGAGGGCGAAGUCAUCGUCACCCUGUCGUGCUUAUCCCCGACAACCUUGGUAUUCCCCCAGCGCAGGCUCAUCUUGUCGAAUCGAAAAAAUGUCAUUCCCAUUGGACGGGCUUCCAAGCGAAGUGCAACUCCAACUCUAGAGAGUCGAAUGUAUAAUGCCUACAUUGACGCUCCUGUCAUGUCACGGAAACACGCUGAACUUAGAUUAGACACCCAAGGCCAGACGGUAUUUAUUCGAGAUCUGGAAUCUUUACAUGGAACCUUUCACAAUGGCGUCCAGCUCCGAGCUGGCCAAUCACAAGCCCUCAAAAACGGCGACAUGCUGAAGUUCGGGAUAUGUAUUGAUCGUGGCCGCGAAAGAUUUCCCCAGUGCGCAAUGAAAGUCGGUCUAGAAUUUGGCCAAGCAGAGCAGGCUCCCGUAGCGGCGAGUUUACCGCAAGCUACUUUUCAAGUACCCGACGACACAGAAUCUGAGGACUCAGAAGACAUGAACGAUAUCGAUAGUCAGGCUGCAUUCAGCAGCUUGGCUGACGAGGAAGAUAUCCAGGCUAGUGCUUCCACGCUUACGGAGAAUGGGCUAGAGCUCUCCGAGUUUCACGGCUUCGAUACAUCCGAUCCCAUAGAUCUCACCUCAGAACCUGAUCUGACUUCCGAUGGAAACAAUCCUAGUUCUAGUAGUCCUCUUUCUGAUGGCUAUCAUCCAACUACACAAGACGCCGAGCACGACGCUGAUCACGACGCUGAUCACGACGCCGAUUAUACGCUCAGAGCGGUUGAACCUGAAGAUGUGCACCUUAGUGCUCAAGAUUGCCCAUCAAUUGCUCUGCUGAGCGAUGGCUUUGCGCCAGCACAACAAUUCAAAGAGAGCCUUAGCGUGGACAUUGCUGCGGGCAACACUGUACCGGGAAUGGACAGGCCACUCUCCGAGGAGCAGCAUCUGUGUCCCAGUUCAGAGAUCACGCCUCUGCUAAGAGUCCAGUCGCUUGGCGAGUCAUCAGGAAAACUGGAUUAUUUCAUCGCCAGGGAACAAAACAAACAAUAUAUACAGAAUGCGAUGGUGUCAAGCGACGCGCAGGCAGAGCUCACACCACCACCGCACCAGGAGGCGCCUCGAAGUCUCAAGGAUAUCGAGGGUCUUUUGAAGGAAACGCGCGGUUCUAGCAACAUCGACGAGUUGCACGAGGCCUCUGCCAGCAAGACUGAUGAGCCGGAAGAGGUCGCUUCUAUUAAAAGUGUCUCGAGGAAGCGCAAGGCCGAUCAGAUCGAGUCAAGCCCUCUUGAGGUCCAUGUUGAUAAUGGCGUCAUUGAUGCUUCGCCUGCGGCGUCGUCUGCGGAUCAAUAUGCUCUCCCAAGAGACGUGUUACCUAAUGGCAAUGGAAAUCAUGCCUAUAAACGCGUCAAAACUGCUGCGGAAUAUGUUGGGCUUAUGGCUAUCGGAGGCGCAGCGGUGAUGACUGCUCUCAUCGCGACAGCACCAAACUUUUAA